AUGAUGGAAGAAAGCGCUAUGGGUGACUUUGCGAAUCGUUUGAAACAAGAGUUUGAAGAACAAAACUCGAAUGCUAGUGAUAGUGAUGGAAGCCAAGAUUGGUUUGUCAAUGACUCACCAAAGAAUGAAAUAGUGUCAUACUUAAAUGACGAGUCAUCAAUAAAGUAUGACGGUAAUAUCGAAGCAACGACUUCUGCUGACAUUGCACGAAUGGCACGUUCUGUGAGCUCUCCUGUGCAAUCUUCAGACGUCAAAUCGAUACCUGAUGAGGAACAGGAUGAAUGCGAUGAGUUCAAUGGCCCAAUGGCAUUUCUGCAUCACACUCCAUCGACAUUUUCCGUUUUCGUAAUGGCAUUGGCUACAGGCAUUGAGGUUCCUCGCUACGGAUCGAAAACUUUUCGACUUUACAUUCCACAAGUCCAUGGAAGUCAGACGGACUUUUGUCUCUACGCACGAAAACGACUUAAUAAGCACAAAUAUCGAUUCAGUCUGGACGAGAAAUUUACAACGAGUUGGUCAGACUCGAUUUAUGAAGGGAAAGUUUUGAUGACGCCAUCUACAGACACAAAGCGUUUUCGAGUUCUCGCUUCAAAGUCAGCAGGUCGAGUACAAUUUGAUAUUAAACAGGAGACAAGAAAGCAGGAAUUGAAUAUUCGUUUAAAUUCCACGACGAAUCGAUUUCGACUCUUUAGAGCUCGCUCGGCUUCUACUGAUAGCAAAAGUGAUACGUUUUGCUCCAACCUUCAAAAAUUUAUUAAUCCCAUGGCGGACGUUCGAUGCUCCAAAACCAAUUAUACUUUGUUUAAAAUGGAGAAAGAAGGCGAAGUUGGUGUUCAAAAGUAUGUCAUUUCCUACAUGCGUCCAUUUUCUCUAUUUCUCAGCUGUUGUAUCGCUGUGGGCGUCGAAGCCCAUUUGCUAGAGUAG